GCAAUUUCAUUUGUUUACAUUUAUCAGCUGUUUAUUUGACAGCAUAUUCAUCAAGCCGUUUCUAAGACGUGAUUAUUGGGUCCUACAGUUGCCACUAGUAAUAACACUAAUGCUCCCGUCAUCGUUAAACUGAGCUCAGCUUCUGAUUGCUCUCUGUUGCUGAAAUCAGUGGCAAACUACUGUAAAGAAAAGAGAAGGCCAAUUUCUCUUCGCGACAUGGGAUAUAAUGUUGAAGGGAAACUAUUUAUACACGAGUGCUUAACAAAGAAAAACCGCGAAUUGAUGCACUUUGCUACUCAGCUAAAAAAGAAAAGGCGGUUAACAUCUGCAUUCUCGAUUCGUGGCCAUGUAUUUGUUAGAGCUCAACCGAAAACUGAUGCAAUCAAAGUGACAGACGUGAAAAGCAUAGAAAGUGUAGCAGCUCUUAGCAAAUA